GCGGUCCUGUCGCUCUCCUCAGGGCGGGCGGUGCUGAGGGACGGUCUCGGCCAUGGUGCGCGGGCGGCUGGCUGCGGCGGGAGAGCUGCUCCGAGAGCUGCUGAGGGAGGAGGCCCCGCCCCGCAUCGCGGCCCUCACCGAGGAGCUGUUCCAGGCGGCGGGGGCUCUGUGCGAGGCUGACGGGAGCGCGGCGGAGGUUGAAGAGGGAGCAAUAAGCCUGUGGAACUGGGCUGUAACCAAACACACGGGUUCUGUCAUCAGCGAUGAGCAAAGAGCUAAAUUGAGAUUUGUUGCUUGUAGGCUGGUGUACCUUUGUGAAGGCAGUGAUCCUCCAGAGGGAACCAUUCGGAGGCAGAUUUUGAUGUCAAUGAAAACUGCUAAAGGGUGGAUAGAUAUUGGUAAAGCUGAUCUUGCUGAUGGAUUCCUAGAGAUUGCCAUGAAUAGCAUAGAAAAACUGUAUGCAAAGUUACGCAAGGAGGGAGAUGGUGAAGCAGAUAUUCAUGUGUGCAAAGCUGAUGUGGAGAAGGACCUCUUCAAAGUGCUCUCUUAUCAGGCUGAAUCAGCAGUUGCUCAGGGGGAUUUUCAGAAAGCAAUGCAAUGUGUGCAGCGCUGCAAGGACAUGUUGGUGAGGUUGCCAAGAGAGACCCGUUACCUGGCAAUCCUCUGUUAUAACUUUGGAGUGGAAACCUAUGACUGUAAGAAGUAUGAACAGAGCUCCUUUUGGCUCAGCCAGAGUUAUGACAUUGGGAAGAUGGAUAUGAAGUAUUCUAUUGGGAAAGAAAUGCAGGCGAAAGUGCUGCGAUUGUUAGCUACAGCCUAUUUCGAGUGGGAUUGCAGUCUGUAUCUUGACAAGGCACUGAAGGCUAUAAACUUGGCAAACGAGGAGAAUUUGCAUCCAGCAGGGUUUUUUCUGAAAGUUAAAAUUCUUCUUAAAAGUGGAGCAUCAGAUGAAGGCAUCAGCUCAGCUGUUGCAGAAUUCCAGCACCAUGAGAUGUCUUUAGACUUUUGUUUGAAUACUGCCAAACUGCUGCUGGAGCAUGGAAGGGAAUCAGUUGGCUUUGAUUUUCUGAAAUCUGUUGCUGAACGAUUUGAAGCUUCACCUGACUUUGGAAAAGUCACCCUGCUCUACAUCGAGUUCUUGCUGCAGAAUAAGAGGGAGCUGCUUGCUAAGCAAAAGGUUGAAGAAAUUAUUAUAGGUCACUAUACUGGGAAACAGCUGUUGCCUGAAACCUUGAACCGACUGCACAUCAUCUUGUGGGACACAGCUGCCAAACAUUAUGAGGCAAAAAGCUAUUCUGAAGCUCUUCACUGGUACAACUAUUCUGUCAGCUUCUAUACACCUGGGCAGAUAGAUCAGAAUCUGGCUAAGUUGCAGAGAAAUAUGGCUUCUUGCUAUCUUCAUCUGAAACAAAUUGACAAGGCUAAAGAGGCAGUUAAAGAAGCAGAAAGGUGUGAUCCAAACAGCAUCUUUACUCAGUUCAGUGUCUAUAAGAUUGCAGUGAUGGAGAAUGAUACUGAUAAAGCUGUGGAAGCAAUUAUUGAAAUGGGAAAGCUAGCAGAGAAGCAAUCUCAACAUGAAGACAAGCUGAUAGUGGAUGAGAGUACAAGCACCAACCUCCUGAGUUUAGCUGCCCACAUUGCUUUAGAGAAUGAUCAACAAGUUGUGGCUAUCAGAGCUUUGGAGCACCUGUCUGAACAUUCACAAGACUGCCAACAAGUAUUUGCAGCUUUAAAAUGUUUGGUUCGUCUUACGUUGUCGAAAGUAGAAAAAGAAGAGAAAAGAGAUAACGACAUCAAGUCAAUGCUGACUUAUUUGACCCUGGCUCACCAGAGACUUGCUGAGCCUUUCACAGAAGAGAAUUUGACAAGAGACAUAAGGACUUCAGAAGCCCACUGGUUUAGAAAAGUUGUUUUUGUGUCUCUGUUAGCUUGGAACUUAGCUGUACAGCUCAAGGACUGCCCUGAAAAGAUGAGGGAUUUUUUUGUACUGUCUUUCAAGUUGUCCCAGUUUUGUCCUUCUGACAAAGCUGUUCUAAUUGCUCAGAAGACAUGCUUGUUAAUGGCAGCUGCAAUUGAUCUGGAGCUGGGGAGACAAGAAGUAACACCUUCUGAGCAGGUGGAGUUUUGGAAUCAGGCUCUCCAACAUCUCCAGGCAUGCAAAGAGAUAUGGAAAGUUCUGAAAUUAACGGGAGAUUUUUCUAAAGACCCAACAGACACUUUGUUGCUGCUCUAUGAAUUUGAAGCAAGAUCCAAGCUUAAUGAUCCAACACUCAAUAACUUCAUGGAGUCGGUAUGGGAGCAACCACACGAGAUCAAGACGCUAGAAAUAGUUGCAUCAUUAGCAAUGGAACCUCCAGCUCGGUAUCCUGUGCUGUGUAAGAAAGCUCUGAAGAGUGCACUAAACCUUUACAGAAAGGAAACUACCACUGAUGCUGUGAAAUUUAGCAAAUGCUUGCAUAGUUUGAUUAAUCUUUCUUUGCCAACCGGAGUGACAGACUUGGAUGCCUGUGUACUGCAGGAGGUGUGGGGCUACUUUGAGGAUGCUCUGAGUGUAGUCAGCAGCACAGAUAGUUACCCAGAGAUGGAGAUCCUUUGGUUGAUGACAAGAGCCUGGAACACAGGAAUAUUUCAGUAUACUGUUGGUAAAUAUCAGGAAGCAGAGCAGUGGUGCGGAUUAGGAAUGCGUUUCCUCAAUCAUUUAGGAUCCCUGAAGAGAAGCUAUGAGGGCCAUCAGAUGCCCGAGUCCUGAGUCCUGCUGAGGAAGGCAGAGAGGAGUAAUCCUGGAUCCUGCCAAGCACUGGGAGCACGAAGAGGCAUCUGUAAGGCAUGCAGCCAUUCAGCUGCCUGCACAUCAGGCAUCAAUGGGGAAAAAACCUUUGGAGAAAGCUAUUAUUAAAUUAUCUCCCAUCGCAUCACAGCUGCUGCACUCCUGGGCUUAGUGAGGACUGGAGGGUUAAUGAACCACAGCUGCAGAGACAGAAGUGUGCACUUUGAGCAGAAAAAAAUCCUUCAAAAUUCAAAAAAGCAAAAGCCCUCUCACCUUUGAGAUAGCUGAGCUCGGUGACACAGCAGAUUCAGACAGGACUGCUAACGACAUACCAAUUAACCACACCUGUCUGCCAGCAAACACUCCUGCUCCCUGUAUUUAAAAAUACGAGAAGAAACUGGUUCUCUUUACAACUUUUUGUCAUCUGAUGUAUAAAUAACACGUUAGGCUGAAAAAGGAUGCUCUGUCUUAGUGGGACUGUAUGUAUAUAUAUAUAGAUAUGCACGCUUUGCUGCCUUUACAUCCAGUACAGAAGCCAUUACGCAGCAGCACAUAAACCUUAUUUGUAGAACCAGCCCCAUACAACUCAACCUGUGACCCAGAAGACAUUGUGGGUUGGAUGACACCAUCAUCAACCUGUGUGGCAACAACAUGAGAGAUUUCCUGUGACCUCAUCAGGGCUGCACCUGAGGAAGGCUGCUUCCUUUCUUCUUUUCUCUUCCAGGCUGCUCUCAGUGACCACAUUACAGCCCUUCUGCUUGCUGUCACUAAUUGCUAAGGUGAGCUCAGAAAGCAGAGCUGGCACACAAGGAAAGAGUCCACAAGAAGGGCUCCAAGACAGAGUUCUUUGCAACUCUCUGUUUAUUAAAAAUAUACGUCUCCUUGGAAGAAACACCGGUAACCAGCGAGCGCUGUAAUCAAUUCGAUGCUGUCAGCUAUGCCAUGGAGUACAUCACCUUUUUCUCCAUGGGGCUUGAGGAGAGACAGGCUAUUAGAAAAACAGCUGAGACAAGAACUGUGUGAUGAGCAUUGCAAGGACCUGUGUGGCAUUCACUGUGCUGCUCCAUGGACCCACAGCAUGCCCAGCGCGGCAGUAUCCAAAGUUCACUCCUUUAGGGUAGGUCCUGUUGGCUGCAGAAUCCUCCCUCCCCUCCACUUGUGUCCACAGCAGUGUCUGCUUGUAGCACUGCUUUCUGGCCCAGCAGGCUGCUCUGUCCCUGCAGGCUCUGAAUGGUGCAGGAUGAGUGCAGUGUCUCAGCAGAGCACCUGUGCAGCAGCUCACAUUCAUGCAGUGCACUGUGCCCUGUGCACCCACAGCCAUUACCUCCAGGGAAGGGCACUGGCACUGCUGCACUCACUCACCCCCAUGCAGAAAGGGGAGAGAAGAUGGCCCAGACUUACCUGCUGGUGCCUGCCUCUGUGUCUGAGAGCACUGUUCGCAGUCUGUAAGAAGGCUCUCCCACCUUGGCUGUCAGCACCUGAAAAUGCAGCCCAAAGCCUGAGCUGCCCCACAGCUUCACAGAGCCCCAUUCCCAUGAUGGAGCCCCACUCUAGUGCCAAAACUUCCUCCAGAAGGGACAUCGCUCUGCACAGGGCCAGCACUAACAGAUGCCUCAUUUGGGAAAGCACAGGAUGCUGCGGUGCAUGACUCCAUCCCCCCCAGACCACAAGCAGGAGGCACUCAAUGCAGCUCCCAAAGGUAAAUCUGAGAGAGGGCAUAGAGCCCAACGUCAGAGAGAGGGCAGAACCAGGAGGUGGGCGCUCACUUCCCCACUGCUCCCAGUGCUGGAGGAUGGAGCUCCCACCCACAGCCACCACCAUGCAUGCAGGGAGCAGAACACCGAGUGUGACACCAGGGAAGGAAGGAGGAAAAGAAGGCUUUCAGCUGCCACCCCAUUCCUACCAAUCUGAAAGCCUGCGAGCAACCACCCAGAGUACAGCUGGGGCUCUUGGUGGCAGCAGCCAACACCAGAAGGGAUCAUUCACCUUUAAGCACAGGUCCAGGGCCAGCCUGACAUCCCGGGUUACCCACAGCAACACAGGACAGCAAGUACACCAUUUCAUGAGGCCGGUAGAGUAUUUCCUGGCUAAACACCUCGGAUCCGGAUUCUAUUUACAAUACAAGCCAGCUUAAAAAAUAAGUUAAAAAACUGGAUUUUAUACCCGUUCAGUUCAUUAUUAACAAGAGAGAAAAAAAAAAAAAGGAAUAAUGGAAAAAAAAAUUUAAAAAAAGCCAACACAGCAACACAAUAUGGUUUUGGUUUAACAUCAGCUUAAAAAAAUAGAACCAAAAGGAAACCUCUCAUGCAAACACAUACGGUGGCGUGUAAAACAAUGUGCAAUUUAAUAUGUAGCAUCAUCCAUUCUCUCCCUCCGCAGCCUCCUGCUCAGUCUGUGGCUCCUGGGUCAGCCCAGAGCUCCAGGCCCUUCUGGGGGGGCUCUGUGCUGCUCCCCAACCUGGGGCUGCUGGCAGGGCAGCAGGAGAUGCUCGUGGUACCGCCAGGAUCACUUCUGCUCCAGCGGACUCCCUCUGCCCAGCGGGUGGGACAAAGAAACUGAAAGAUCCUUGCAAUAACACAGUACCUUUGAAGAGGUCCCUCAGGUUUCCUAGUCCACAUGGAUAUAUAUAUAAUAUAUAUAUAAUAUCUUUCUCUAUAUUAUAUAUAAAUUACAUAUACAGAUAAAUAAAAUGCCUUCUGCUGCCGUUCUGUCGCACAGCUCAGAGCUGCUAGGCAGUCACACCUGGAAAAAGUGCCCCGGAGCUCCGACACUGCUCUUGUCUUCAGAGUCCACUGUUCCACUUGUUUGUACGUCAGUCCUCAGCCGCCUCCUCCCUUCUGGAUUCUGGGUUUAGUUAAUAAUAAUAGUAAUAAAAAACGACUCUUGGAUGGGUUCUCAUCUGUCUCUAAUGGAGCAGUGGGAAGGUCCAUGCAGGGAUGGUGGGAACAGUCACGUGAUGAAUGAGAUCAGUUCAUCCCAACAAAAGAAACAGGACUAGAAAACUCAAUUUUGCGACGAUCUAAAAAAGGGGGCAGGAAUCGUUUGCACAUCCCCC